ACUUUAUAUUUAUUUAUACUGAGCAUGCUCCUUCCAUCAUCUGCACCAAUGAAGAUUGUGGAAUCUGCCUUAGCUAUCUAUGGCAUUAGAGGAGAAAGUCAGAUAGUUAUAAUGUUUCGGGCAAUCCUCAAGCAGAUGCAGUUCUGAUGUUGUUUCGACGGCACAUAUCCUGCACAUCAACAUUCUACCAAUAACACAUAUCCCGCGCCACUGGAUUGAGAUGCAUGAAUGACGCAGAAAAGCAGCAGCUGGCCCCCGCGUUGUUCCAAUUCGUUCUCUUCGCUUCUUUGACCUGAUCGCCCAAGCUGCAUUCAACCUUUCAAGAUACACAGAAAACUGUCGACUACUUGCCAUUUUCACGCCUCUUACCAAAGCGCCCACCAGCCAUCCACGCAACUCGGACAAAAAUACAAGAACCAAAAACCCUUCAAGUCCCAGAUGCAGAGCGCCAGCCUGUCUAACAUCAAUAUCACACUCUCAAGCAUCAUGGGAGAAAACAUCCCGACGACGUCCAUUGGCGGUGAAAUCCUCCGCGUCUCAAGGCGCUAUUUACAAGAAAACCCCUAUCAACUCGCAGCAGGCACAGUCCUCAUAGCAGCAUCGGUCAUAGCCACGCCGGCUCUCGGGGCGAUCGGUUUCACCUCCAUCGGUCCUGCGGCGGGGACGGUUGCGACGGCGUGGCAAUCUGGAAUUGGGUCGGUGGAAGCUGGUAGCAUUUUCGCCAUGUGCCAGAGUGCUGCUAUGGGUGGCGUAGUCGCAAAGGCCGUUACUGCUGUUGGCGCUGCGGGGGCGGGUGUGGCUGCGUUGCCUGCAGUGUCGAAAACGGUUGGGGCUGUCUGUCGCGGGUUGGUUUGGGCGUUGAAGAGGAUGAUGUACGAGGAUCUUGAGGCCAACUCAAAAAAGGGAUGCUAAUGGAACGGGGUUGGAGAUUGUGAGGAGGAAAUGUGUAACAUUAAAACAAUUGAAAUAUUAAUACAACAAUUUGCUUUGUCUUUGGGCAUGGAUUAUGUAUAAAACCUCUGAACUGAAUUUUCCUUCCUCAAAAACCCCCACAAGUUUGCCCUUCCAUUUGCCUUGUAUGCAGCCUCGUGCAUUUUAUCUUAUCCUUGCUUGGAUUGCAGCUUGUAAAUGGGAUAUUAUUCAAGAAGUGACACCGCCACUUGUUCCAGCAGUGUCAAUAAAUUUGGGCUCGUUAAUCGCCGUCUAAUCCUCCAUAGGAACACCGUACGCCGUAAACACCACAAAUAGCUGGGGUCAAGCCACAUCCCCAUACUACUGACAAGAGAGAUUAGGACAAAUCUCUCCUUUGC